CUGGCAUUCUUUCUGGUGUUAUUUUAUUUUUGGGUUUUAUUUGAACUGGGAAAAUGUCGGAUCAGGGGAAUGAGCAGCAGCCACAUGUAGAGGUUGUGGUGAAGGCAGAAGGUGAACAGCCUUCUUCCUCCACUACUCCCCCUCCACCUCUGAUUGCUACUCAGAGACUGAAGAAGGAGGCAGAAGAACAACUCAAACUGCAACAGGCCAGAGUAACCGAAUUGGAACGGUUGGAGGCUGCUGAGCUAGAGGCUGCAACAGAUCACUCCAGAAGGGAGUAUCUGUUGCAGCAGCUAGAGAAGUCGCUCACUGAUGAUCGGUGCUCCCAUGUCACCAAGCACAUGGCUGAGAUGAUCCUGUUGGAGCACAAGAUCACCAGUUCCCAGUUCACAAACUGGGAUGAUCAUUUUGUGCGGCUGGAGCAUCGGGUUGACGAGCUGUCAGCUCAGCAGUCCAAGAUGCUGGACUCUAUCCAGGGCUUGUCUGCUCAGCUGGCAGCCGCCAAGCUGAUUACUCCUCAGCUCCCUCUGCUGAAACCCAAAACCUCUCCUCCUCCUUCACCACCUCCUUCCCCUCCUUCAUCCCAUGGGGGAUUUGUACAUUCUUCCCGGUCAUCUACUCCUUCCCAAAAGGCCUUAGUAAAGGCCACCUAUGCUGCUGUGACUGCAACAGACAGAGGUCCCAAGAUCCCUGCUCCCAACAAGUUCAGGGGCGAUGACCCCAAGACUGAUGUUGGGGACUGGGCUGCUGGGACCAGAGCCUACUUGAGGGGCUUUGUCUGUGCAGAACAGACCAAGGUGGCAACUGUUUUGGGGCUGCUGGAAGGGCCUGCACUGAAAUGGGCCACCUCAACUUCCAACAGUCUGCAGCAGUCCAUGGAGGAUUGGGCCUUUGGGUUGGGGGUAGACAGACUUCUGCAGGCCCUGGAGGACCGGUUUGCAAACAAAGAGCGGGCCCGCAAGGCUGCUGACAGGAUUGCUGAGUUCGAGCAGCUCACCUCCACCCCUGGGCUGGUCAUGGCACCUGAUGAUAUGUUGACCAGCUUUUGCAGGGCAGCGCCUGAGAAGUUCGCUCUUGCACUUUACACCGCCGGGUACAAGGACUGGAGGUCCUUUGGUCGUGCAGCCCUGGAAAUGGAAGCUAAGCUCCAUGUCCAGGCCCCAACCUCUGACAGGAGGAAAGGUGCCUUCCCUAGAGGCAACAGGAGGGGAAAGACAUCCUUUACUCAUGCGGGGUCUGCCUCAGGAUCAGAUACCGAUUCUCAGCUUGAUGUGCCUUCAGGUGGGACCGGAUCUGCUGCUGAGACAGAUGCUGCAGUAGUAGCAGCAUCCUUCUGCUAUGAGGAUCCUGACCCGGAUCAGGACCCGGGGCAGCAUGAGCUUCAGUCCAUUGCUGCCUUCUUCUUCCACUUGAAAGAGCAAAAGAAGAAGGGCCUGUCUGAACUCAUCAUGCUUCGGCCACUGAUCAACCGCACCAGGAUCACUGGGCUUUUGGACUGUGGAGCCACCCGGAACUUCAUAUCUCCCAGUGCAGUCAAAAAACUGCAUCAGGGUAUGAAAGUUCAGCAGCUGCAGCAGCCGCUGCAAGUGCGGAUUGGUGAUUCUACAGUGAUCAGCAUCAGGGAGAAGGUCAAGGGCAUCCCUGUGACCUUCGAUACUGCAGGGAAAGUCGGACACAGUCUGAACUUUUACAUCUUCCCUGAGCUUCCCUUUGACUUGGUGUUCUCCAUGCAGUGGUUGAGGGAAGUCAACCCUAGGAUCGACUGGCAGAUUCCUAGAGUUGAGCUACCAGACAACCAGGGGGUGUAUCAGCAAUGCAUGAUUGCUGCUGAUCACCACCCUAAGACCUCCUGCUACUGCCUGAGAGCGAGGGAGUUUCAUGCUCUCUCUCGCCAGUACCACCAUGAGCGUCUGUUUAUCGCCCUGGUCAAGCAAACAGAUGCUCCCCCUGUUUCCUGUCCUCCUAAGAUACAGCAGGUGGUAGAUCAGUAUGUUGAUCUGAUGCAGGAGCCCUUUGGACUUCCCAACUGGCCAACCAAGCAUCACGUCGAGCUGCUGCCUGGAGCGGUCCCUUCCAAGGGCCGCAUCUACAGGAUGUCCCCUGCUGAGCUUGAGGAGCUCAGAAAGAAGCUUGAGACCCUGACCAGCAAAGGCUGGAUCAGACCCAACACAUCUGAAUUCGGUGCACCUGUUCUCUUUGUGCCCAAAGGGAACGGCGAGUUCAGGAUGUGCAUUGACUACAGGGGUCUCAAUAAGAUCACUAGGAAGAGUACUGAGCCACUUCCUAGGAUCGAUGACCUCCUGAAUAUAGUGCAGGGCUGCACAGUGUUCAGCAAAGUCGACCUCAAGUCUGGCUACCACCAGAUUGAGAUGGUAGAGGAGGAUGUCUACAAGACAGCCUUCAAGACCAGGUAUGGGACUUACAAGUUCCUGGUCAUGCCAUUUGGACUUUGCAAUGCCCCAGGCACAUUCCAGACAGAGAUGCACCACAUCUUCAGGCCUUACCUGGACAAGUUUAUGGUUGUCUACCUGGAUGAUAUCCCGGUAUUCAGCAAAACUGCCAGGGAACAUGCGGAGCACUUGGCUCUUGUCCUUCAGUCAUUACGUGACAGCCAGUAUAAGAUCAACAGAGAGAAGUCCUCCUUUGGAGUUCCCUCUAUCAUCUAUCUGGGUCAUGUAAUCUCUGGAGAUGGCCUGGCCCCUGAAGCAGCCAAGAUUGCUGCUAUUCAGGAGUGGCCUCAGCCUCAGACAGUGAGGGAUGUCCUGUCCUUCAUGGGUUUGGCCUCAUACUACAAAAAGUUUGUCAUGAACUUUUCUGCAGUGGCUGCACCCCUGACUAACCUAACAAAGAAAGACACUCCCUUCCUUUGGUCCCUCCACUGUCAGCUGACCUUCACACGACUCAAGAAGGCCUUGACUCGUGCUCCUGUACUGAAGUUGCCUGACCCCACUUUGCCAUUCAUCCUGACUACUGACGCCAGUCAGUAUGGCAUUGGGGCAGUUCUUGAGCAGGAUGAUGGGAAUGGUCUACGACCUGUAGAGUUUACGAGUAAGAAGAUCAAGACUCAAAAGCUCCAGGACUCUACCUACGAGAAAAAGCUUUAUGCUCUUGUCUGUGCCCUGAAACAUUGAAAGCACUUUCUCCUGGGCAGGCACUUCAAGAUCU